AUGGGGGAAGGGGGAGGGGGGAAGGCCGAGGCCGCCGAGCUCCGCGGGCAACGCGACAGCGACCUCCCGCGGCCGGGCCGGGCGGCGGCCCCGGGGGGGCUGCGGGGCUCAGGGCAGCCCCCGGGACGCUGCCGAACACACCUGGAGCCGCUUCCCUUUUUUUUCCCCGUUUCCCUUCGAUCCGCUCCGGCAGCUCCUUCCUCACAUCCAGGCUGGAGCUGCUUCCACGGUUCCUCCUCUCCUUGGAGCUGCGAAAUCCCGAACGCCUCCGGCAAAACAACUCCGUGGAUCGAGGAGUCAAAUCCCAGCUCCAGGAUCCGAAAUCCCGGGAAUCUGAGCCUCAGCCCCGUCUACGCCUGGGACGGAAAAUUCCCGCGAUCCCGGCGGCUCCGGAGGCCUCCGGAGGCUCCCGAGGAUGAGGAAGCAGCUCCGGAAAUCCCAGAAAAGGUGCCGGAGCUCCAGGACUGCGCUCCCAGGGAUGCCCAGGGUGGGAUGGCUGCGGUGGCUGCGCAGGGCCGGGAGCUGGAUUGGAUGAUCCCGGUGGGUCCCAUGCCGCUCGGAAUUCCAGGAUUUUGGAACACACAGGGAGAGGAAAUGCCUCUGGAAGUGCUGCCGGGCUGGGUGAUGCAGGCGGGCUGGAGCUUCGCUUCCGGCGCUGAAAGCGGCAAAAGGAAAACUCGGGAUCGUUUUUCCCGAACUUGAGCCAAAGUUUUCCCUUCAAACCAAACCAAGCGCGGGACUCACACGGCGAGCAGGGCUGGAGCCGCCGGUCUGAGCCCCUGACCGCUGGGGAUGAGGGGAAU